UCCGCCGGUAAACCACGGCGAAGCCGACAGGGCGCUGCCGGCUGUAGGCAGCGGCAAUUGAUCUCCUUGCCUCGGCGGGAUGGAGCACAGGCUGGCCGAGUUCCGGGCGAAUCGCCGCGCUUCUAGCUCCCCGAUUCGCGUUGCGCCGGCUUCGGAAAAACCUGCCUCCAUCGAGACCGGGGACCGGGCCUCAGCCCAGGCUCCGACGGAGGAAUCUGGUAAAAGAUCAGAAAACCAUGAAGCCCAAAUCAUUGCUUCUCCUCUGCCAUGGUGGAUCCAUUAUGUACUAAAGAAUGAACUCUUUCUCAAGUUUCUUCUCUGGUUGGUCCUACUUGGACUGUUUGUGGAACUGGAGUUUGGUUUGCCAUAUUUUGUCCUGUCUAUGUUUUAUUGGAUCUAUGUAGGAACUCGUGGUCCUAGGGAAAGGCAGCCUGGAGAAAAAAGUGCAUAUUCUGUAUUUAAUCCUGGCUGUGAGGCUAUCCAAGGAACUCUCACAGCAGAACAGUUUGAGAGGGAAUUACAGUAUCGGCCUUUAAUUGAGAGAUAAAUAGGACUAAAACUCAUUAUUGUAUGCCUAACCUGCCCGUGUAAUUACAGAGAAUAAUUUGUCUGUUCAAUGUAUUGUGAUAUUUUUUUAUUUUUAAAAAACAUUGAAGAUGUGAAUUCUGUUUUUGUAGUGUUAAGAGAAAGGAGACUAUGUAAAGACUUAGUCAAACAUCCAUUGUUAAACUUUUUGAUCACCUGGAUAGACAAAUAAAAUGAAGAAAAGCUUAUCCAAAUAGAUGCUUGAAUGUUUCUAAUGAGAAGCAGGUUUGGAAAUAAUAGGAUACCUAGAAUUGUUAGGAUAUUGAAGAACUCAAAAAUCUCAAAAAUGUUGCCUGCUCCAUUUUCUCACAAAACAGAUUAUUCAACACACUUUCUUUGACUUUGAACAAGAGGUUUUAAUCCAGGCUAGUUCACAAAUUAUGAAAUUAUGAAACCCCAUGAUUUCAGAAGGUUUACUUCACAUUUAUAUUAGUGUUUUGCAUCUAAUUAUGGUAUCUUUUGAAAUAAGUAGGAUGUGACAAGAAUAUUUUACAUUUUGACCUUUACAAAGGAAACUGGUUUCUGAUUUAAUCUGAAUGUUGGCUUUAUUUGACAACAAUUGAGCUUUUCUGCAAUAGAGUAGCAGCUCUAUAUAGAAAUUCUUCAUUUGUAUUUGUCUCAUUGAUAGGAUAUUGUGUAUAAUUUUCAUACAUCCUAGAUUAAUAUGGUAAGAUUUUUUUGAAAUUGAGCAAGUUUAACCAAGACCAAGUGUGUAGUACUGACAUUUAAUAUUAUCAUUCCAAUCAGUAUCUAUACGUGACCAAACUUUUUUCUCCAAGGCUAUUGAGAUUUCCAAUUCUAAAGGCAUUCUUUUUGAAAGUGGUAUGAGCAUCCUUUUCAUGCAAUACCAAUUUAAGCCUUAAAUAUAUCAAAUAAAUGUGGAUACAUUUAUAGGUAGUCCUGUACCUACGACCCUUUGUUCAUUGAUCAAAGUUAUGACAGUGCUGAAUGAAUUGGUCCUCAGAGUUCUAGCCAUCCUAGCAACCACAUGAUCAUGUGACCAUGAUCUGGCACAACUGGCUGCUCAGUGCUCUAUGAACUUGUGAUUGCCAUUUGCAAACUUCCCUGCUGGCUUCUCUACUAACUUCCUUGUUCUCUCCAUCACCUAGUAGCAGAGACUUACCUGCUUGCUGGCCUGGGACUUACAUAUUCUUGCUGGCUUCCCCACUGAUUGUGAGAAGCUGGCAGGAAAUGGCCUCACAUAAGGACCAUGGUGAUAAAAUUUCCGGUCCCAAUUACCAUUGUCAAGAACUACCUCUAAUUUGGAUUUGUUUGUUUGUGCCUUUGAAUCUGUCAUGAUUCCUGGUGACUAUAUGGAUAAGGCCAUGCAGUUUUCUUGGCAAGAUUUCAGAAGUGGUUUUGCCAUUUCUUUCUUUGUUAGGUUGAGAGAAUGUGAAUGGCCCAAGUGACCCAGUUGGUUUUUUUUAAACCCAAGGCAGGAUUUGAACUCAUGGUAUCUGGGUUUUUAGUCUCGUGCCUUUAACUACUAUAACAUCUCUUAAUUUAGAUAAAUACUUAGUAAUAAAAUACACCAGUUUUCUUUGUAGACUUGUAAAUAUAAAUCUUGGGAAACAGAUGAGUAACCUUGCUGUUCAGUUUAAAAUCCUAAUUAGGCUAGAAUUCUUUUCCCACAAUGACCAAUCAUAUGUUUAAGACAAAUAUAGCACCUUUCUUAUAUUUCUCCUACAACUCGUACUGAGUGGCAUAUUGCCUUUAAGCUGCCAUCUGCUGUGAGGUACAGGGUCAUACAAUGGUAAUACUAAAAAAAAUCUACACUAGUUACCGGUUGCUCACUAGUGCUAAGAUUGACCAAUAAAAUCCUAAACAGUUUAAAGUUUGAAGAGAGAUG